UCUCGAUCAAUCAUUGUUGAUGCAUAGUUCACGGCGGAGAGAGAAAGGGCUCGCGGCGGCGCCUGGGUUUGCGUUGCACUUGCAUGAUCUUUUACGUCUGAUUUCUGAUCUGAGAUUCGAAUCUGCUCUCACAACCAUGUCAACUGGACCUACACAUAAACAUCGUUAUAAAAAUGUAGGAUUAGAUUCACAAGAACUGCGGAGACGCAGAGAAGAAGAGGGAGUUCAAUUAAGAAAACAGAAACGUGAGCAGCAAUUAUCAAAACGUCGCAAUGUUCCAAACAUUGUGGCAGACGAAGAUAAUGUCACAGCUACGGAUGAAUAUUCACUUCCUACAGCACAAUCGCAAUCUCCUGGUAUUAUAACAUCUGAGAUGGUAGAUGCAUUAUAUAGUCCUAACAUACAAGAUCAAUUGGCAGCAACACAGAAAUUUAGAAAAUUAUUGUCAAGAGAGCCAAAUCCCCCUAUAGAUGAGGUUAUAAAUACGGGAAUUGUACCACAAUUUGUUGAAUUUCUUAAAAAUAAUACAAAUUGCACUCUGCAGUUUGAGGCAGCAUGGGCUCUUACAAACAUUGCAAGUGGUACAUCUCAACAAACGCGCAUGGUGAUAGAUGCUGGAGCUGUUCCUACUUUCAUAGCUUUACUUGGUUCUGAAUAUGAAGAUGUGCAGGAACAAGCUGUUUGGGCAUUGGGUAAUAUUGCAGGAGAUAGUCCUGAAUGCAGAGAUCAUGUCUUAGCCAAUGGUAUCCUCACGCCACUUCUACAAUUACUAUCAAAGGCGACACGGCUUUCUAUGACCCGCAAUGCAGUAUGGGCAUUAUCAAAUCUCUGUCGAGGCAAAAAUCCAGCACCGGCUUUUGCGAAGGUUGCGCCGUGUUUACCAGUGUUAGCACAUCUUCUUAAUCACACUGAUUACGAUGUACUUGCUGAUGCCUGUUGGGCGCUCUCUUACCUGAGCGACGGCCCAAAUGAUAAGAUACAAGCUGUUAUUGAUGCUGGUGUUUGCAGACGUCUUGUAGAACUUCUUAUGCAUGAGCAAAAUAAUGUAAUAAGCGCGGCUCUUCGUGCUGUAGGAAAUAUAGUUACUGGAGAUGAUGUGCAAACGCAAGUUGUGUUAAAUUGCUCGGCAUUACCGUGUCUAUUACAUCUCUUAAGUUCGCCGCGGGAAAGUGUUCGUAAAGAGGCUUGUUGGACAGUCUCUAAUAUCACUGCCGGUAAUCCCCAACAAAUACAAGCGGUGAUUGAUGCUAAUAUCUUUCCGGUUUUAAUCGAGAUUUUGAGUAAAGCUGAAUUUAAAACACGUAAAGAAGCUGCGUGGGCAAUUACAAAUGCUACUAGUGGCGGAACGGCCGAUCAAAUCCGAUAUCUCGCAAUGCAAGGAUGUAUUCCGCCACUUUGCGAUUUGCUUACUGUUAUGGAUGUCAAGAUUGUCCAAGUCGCUUUGAACGGAAUAGAAAAUAUCUUACGUCUGGGAGAACAAGAUGCAACUGUGCAUAACGGUCUCAAUCCUUAUGCAGUUCUUAUCGAAGAAUGUUAUGGCCUAGACAAAAUAGAAUUCUUGCAAUCUCACCAAAAUAUGGAUAUUUAUCAAAAGGCCUUUGAUAUUAUCGAACGGUUCUUUGGAUCUGAAGAAGAGGAUACCAGACUUGUACCUUCAAUCGAUUCGCAAGGAACAGAAUACCAAUUUUCCGCACCAGAUUCUUCCCAACUACCAGUGCAAGGCUUUGAAUUCUAAUCAACUAUCUUUAAAUUGCUGAAUAUAAUUCUGUUUUGUUGAAUAUGUUAACGUUAUUCGUUCUACAGGGAUUCAUAAUUUUCUGAAAAUCGGUAUAUCGAUAGUAAACGCAUGAUUUUAUAUAAUCAAUCACUCAUAUGAACUGAUUUUAUUUGUGUCAAAACAACAAUUACUACUACUACAUUCGGAAACGGAUCUAUUUCAUCGAAUUAAAAACAGUAAAGAGCUCUUCAUACACUUUAGUUGAUUUUUUUUCUUUUUCUUAUUAUUUAGGAUGAACCAUUACUUACUAUAUGUUAUAAUCUAAAGUAAUUAUGUUUUCGAACCUACGUCAAAUUGCGACAAUGUCUGCGUUAGAGCCUUGAAACAAUUUGUGUAGGAACACAAUAGGAACUCAUAACUGCAUGUAUUUAGUAUGAGACGUUCAGUUUUUAAAACAUAAACGUCUAGUGCUUAAGUAGAAGUGGAGACAAUGAUCAGAACAAUUUGUCGAGGCAGGCUCAUACCUCGUCUGACAUGUGACUGACGCAGAAUUACGAAAAAAACUUGCAUUAUCCUGCAAGACACUAACUGAAUGACUGAAGUACGCGACUACGUAGCCAACACGGACAACAUUACGCAACGCGGUACUCACCUCCUUACUAUACUAGAUAGAAACAUGACCAAUUAAACUUUUUUACUGUAAAUACGUAUCUCGUAAUUUUAAGGCUAUUCUAUACAGAGUGCCCUUAAGAAGCGAAGCAAUAGUCUUAUCUGGCCAUCAACGCAACAUUGCAAGAAUUGGUUGAAAAUAUUUGUUGUAAUUUGUGAUAGGCAUGAUUUGUACACGAAGUACAAAACAUGCUUUAAUUUUCUUAUGUUAAAUAAUCGUGCGAAAUGCUCCAGUUAUUACAUCUAUACUUUUAUUAAUCCAAUAUUAUGCAAUCAAAUUAUUAGUUCUUAAUUAUAAACAUUUGCUGAUGUAUUAAAUAAAUCAUUUUUAUCUUAUGUUUCAUAAUUGAAUUUUUGAACUAUCACAGAAGCGAUAUUUUUCAACCCUUUAUUUACAUGUGAUGAAAACUAAUGAAUAUUGUACAGCACACAAAUUAUGGACAUUCUGUAUGAAAAGUCUGUGACUGUAUAUAUGAAAAAAAAA